UGAUAGCAAUUUCAGCGGCUGUAUCACCCCCUUCAAAUUUAUAAAAUCAGUAAUUUUUAAUGUGAUCAGGAAAAUGAACGUUUCAUUUAGUGUUUGUGUACAUAUUGUCUUAUUAAGUUUACUGAAUGUGUGUUCGGCUGUGCACACAAAUAAUUGGGCCGUUCUAGUUGAUACCUCAAGAUUUUGGUUCAAUUACCGUCAUGUUGCAAAUGUUCUAUCAAUAUAUCGUAGUGUAAAACGACUUGGAAUACCUGACAGUCAAAUAAUACUAAUGGUAGCAGAUGAUAUGGCUUGCAACCCUCGAAAUCCUAGACCUGGCACAGUUUUCAACAAUGCUAAUCAGCAUAUCAAUGUCUAUGGUGAUGAUGUGGAAGUUGAUUACCGAGGGUACGAGGUCACAGUUGAAAAUUUUGUCCGCUUACUGACGGGGAGGCUGCCAGCAGGCACUCCCAGAUCAAAACAAUUACUGACAGAUGAAGGAAGCAAUAUUCUAGUCUACCUGACAGGUCAUGGUGGUGAUGGUUUUCUCAAAUUUCAAGACUCGGAGGAAGUCACCAGUCAAGAACUUGCAGAUGCUCUUGAGCAAAUGUGGCAAAAAAGAAGGUAUAAUGAGGUGUUUUUCAUGAUUGAUACUUGUCAAGCAGCCUCCAUGUAUGAAAAAUUCUAUUCUCCAAACAUACUUGCUGUUGCGAGUAGUCUCGUUGGUGAAGACUCCUUAUCACAUCAUGUUGAUCCAGCCAUUGGAGUUUACAUCAUAGACCGAUACACUUACUAUGCACUCGCGUUCCUAGAAAAAGUUCAUCCCAACAGUGCAAAAACAAUGGGUGAAUUUCUGGCGGUUUGUCCGAAAAAACUAUGCAUCUCCACUGUGGGUGUGCGGAAAGACUUAUUUCCCCGAGAUCCGCAUAAAGUGUCUAUCAUGGACUUCUUUGGAUCCAUUCGACCUGUGGAAGUUAUCGCCAAUGUCAAUCGAGCCAACUUUACUCUACAGCCUAAGACUGAAAUGAUAUCAGAAAACCUCACACCAGUAAUAAAGUAUGGCUUUGUCCCACAAUUUCCUUCACACCUGUAAAAUAUAUCAAGCUAAUUGUGGAGAACAAAUAUUGCGGACUAAAUGACGAGCAGAUCAAACUUUACGGAUUGAAUUAAGAUCAAAUGAAGAUUAUUUUACAUGGACUUUCAAAAAGGGCUUCCAAGCGCUGGCAUUUUUUCCAUUAAUUAUUAAGAAAUUUUGUAUACCAUUUCAUCUCUUUUUUCUAGUGCACCCUAGAAACAAUGUGAAAAAUGUCAUAAAUCCGGGUUUUGAGGGGGGGCCUCAGACAAAAUCAUGCUUUGCUCUUAAGGCUGAAGCAGUCCAAACUUCUAAUAGCAAAUGUAUUACCUAUGUUUCUUCUUUUAUCCUGAUCUCCUCAAACUUACUAAAAGCUUAGACAAUGCCCAUUUCUAGUAUUUAUAUGCUCAUCCUCAGGUCUUUGGAUCCUGAUUUUGCAGAGAUUUCUCCUCACACUUUACAAUAAAAUUGAAACAUGAUAAAACGAAAGAAUGAAGUGAGGGGAAUUAUUCUAACUGUUAAUUCAUGCCUCAAGACUUAAUGUAUCACCGUGAUGAAGUGAUCAGUGAUUUUUGUUGACCACCUGAGCAUGCGCUGUUUUAUAUUACAGUCAAAGCAUGGGAUAGAACUGAAA